AUGGAAAAAUUAUUAACGAGUGAUGAUAAAAAAAGUCAAAAAAAUUUAAAUGAAUCAAGUAAUAUUGAAAUGAAUGAAUUUAAUGAUUUAAAGAUAAACAAUGACAUUCGUAGACUAUCAGAAUCUGGUUUUACUAAAAAAGAAGCAUUAAAUUACAAAAAUACUACCAUUCAACCUUCUAAAGAAGUAUUAUCAAGUGAUGGUAUAAAAAAUCCUAAAUCUUAUCAUAAACUUCUUCAUUCUCAUCAUAAUGUAUCAUUAAAAGUUGUUGGAAGAUCAAAAACAGAUCCUGGUGAAAGAGAUUUAGAUUUAAUGUAUAAUGAUGAUAACUAUAUAAUAAAUGAUGACAUUCCAAGUGGAAGUAAUGUCAAUUUUGUUCAUAAAACUUCUGGUAAUGUGCCUUAUUUUUCAAUGACACAAAAAAAGAUUGAAGGAUAUAAUAUUGGUUUAAGAGAUAAACUUGAUCUUAAUAAUAAAUUUCUUGAUCCUCACAUGGAUCUUUCUAUUAAUCAUCCAAAAACUCUUUCAGAACAAAUUGGGUUAUCAUUUUAUCAACAAAAAUUAAUCCUCCAAUGUUGGCCAAAUAUCUAUACAACAGGUGUUGGAUCAAAUUUUGCCUCAAAUAUCUAUCCAACAUUAUGUUGUAAAAAUUCGAAAGCUAAAGCACUCCUACAACAGGCGGAUGGUGUUGCAGUUUUUUCAAAUUCUGGUGUAGAUUGUACAACAAUGCACGCAAAAUUAACACUAGAAAUAAUGGAUAGUAUUAUAAAAAAUUUAGAUACAAAUCCGCUUCCUAUUAUAUCAUAUUUACAGGAUACCGGAUAUUCUCAUAAAAGUCUUAAACUUCAAGGAAUGAAUAUGAGUAUGUGGGAUGAUCUUGGUGAUUCAAUAUUAGAUGGAGUUCGUAAAAAUGACCUUGUUCGUAAGCAUAAAGAAUUACGACGAGCCUGGCUUGCAAUAAUAGCAUUUUUAAUAGAUAAUUUAAAACAAGGACAAAAUUCGUUCCGUUCCUCACCAAGUAUAACGGAUAUUCAAUUAUGUUCAAACAUCAAUUUUUCGGUAUCUAAUAAUAACAGUUAA